CACGUGAUUUGCCAGUGUGGUCUAAAUUUAAACAAACAGGAAUUUACGCCCCCAGUUUUGUUUUAGUGGCACCGCUAGGGAGUUGUUUUCGAGAAGUGUCUCAAUUUGCAUUCAAAACAGAGUCAGCAAUGAUGGAAAUCUCCGGGUUUCAGGUUUUGGUUGUUUGGGUUUGUCUUGUUGCGAGGAUUAAUGGUCAGGUGAAGCCACAACCGGAACAAGUUCAUCUUUCUGCCACAGGCAAUGUGACGGAAAUGAUUGUCACCUGGAGUACUUUUGAAGACACUCCGUCAAUGGUCCAGUUUGGGACGACAAAACCUGAUCAGAACGCCACAGGAUCCAGCACUAAGUUUGUCGACGGUGGGGUUUUGAAACGCGCACAGCUCAUCCAUCGAGUCAAACUGACGGGUCUGACACCGGGUACAAAGUACGUCUAUCGUUGUGGGAGCGACGAAGGCUGGAGUCCACUAUUUUUCUUCAGUGCCCUUCAGAACAGGACUGACUGGACCCCUCGCCUCGCCCUGUACGGUGACAUGGGCAACGUGAAUGCUCAGUCAUUGGGUCGCUUGCAAGUAGCCGCGCAGGGAGGAGAAUACGAUGCCAUCUUACACGUCGGGGACUUUGCCUAUAACUUUGACAAUGACAACGGUAUGGUUGGGGAUGAGUUUAUGCGCCAAAUUGAGUCUGUCGCAGCCUACGUGCCAUACAUGACGGCAGUUGGAAACCAUGAAAAUGCAUAUAAUUUUUCCCACUACAAGAAUCGGUUCACGAUGCCAUCCUAUGACAGCAACCAGAAUCUGUGGUAUAGCUGGAAUAUUGGACCUGUUCAUUUCGUGAUAUUUUCUACGGAGGUGUAUUUCUUCAAAGAGGAUUCAAAGCAGACAAAAGUCAACCAGUUGAAGUGGCUUGAAGAAGAUCUCAAGGAAGCCAAUGAUCCGAAGAACAGAACAGAACACCCGUGGAUCAUAACCCUUGGACACCGGCCUAUGUAUUGCUCGGACCUCGAUGGGGAUGACUGUACUAGACGGGGUAGCCUUGUGCGAGCAGCUUUGGAGGAUUUAUUCUAUAAGAACGGUGUUGAUAUGGAGAUCUGGGCCCACGAGCACAACUAUGAAAGACUGUGGCCAGUCUAUCAAGAAAAGGUUUACAAUGGCAGUAAAGAUGCACCAUACACAAAUCCAAAGGCGCCUGUGCACAUCAUCACUGGCUCGGCGGGAUGCCAAGAGCGUCAUGGUAUCUUCUUUUUGCCCAGGCCGUGGGACGCUUUCCGCGCCAAUGACUACGGAUUCACAUUGAUGCAGGUGAUCAACAAGACUCACCUAGCUUGGCAGCAAAUCUCCGAUGAUAAGCACGGGGAAGUGAUCGACAAAGUGAUGCUUAUCAAAGACAAACAUGGACCAGAAGCCUGGCUGUAAUCUUGGCAGAGGACGAUCACGACUGAGCAGCUGUAAUUAAGGAAACGGGAAAAAUUUUACUAUUGGGGUUUGUUUCGCUGCGAACGUCAGCUUUUUUAUUGUUAUAAUAUUGCUUGUCGCACCUCAAUCAGACACUCCAUUGACAAGUUAUGGCUGUUUAAAGUUUGCAUUUAUCAACAUGUCAAGAAAGUAAAUGUUGACGUAUUAAAAUUUGUAAAAAUAUUUUACAAUUGUUUUUUCUAGUUACAAUGCACUCAGGAAUUGCCAAUGUAUUAAAUAAAUGUUUUAUUCUAUGCAAAUAGUUAUACAAGAUUUGUUUUUGAAAAGAUCACACCAACGAAUUAUUUGAAAUAUAUAUGUUUAUAUAUUGGUUACUUUUAAACUUCACUUUUCAAUCUACAAACAUUUCUACAGUUUAGAGUUUCGUGCACAUCUGGCUAAGCUGAAAAAUGAUUUAUAUUGCAUAAAAAAAUUAAAUCUAAAUGCUUGAAUUCUAUGCACCACAGAUAUGAAACUUGGUUCCUCUCGACUGUGUGGUUAACAAGUUUUACAACUUGAACUACGGGGGAUCAUUUGUAAUUGCAAGCUGCACCCAGAAAAGUACCUUUAAAUUUCAUGACAGAAACCUUGCUCAAUUGAAGACAGAACUGGUAUCAAACACCUGUGAAAUUGUUCCACCUGAAAUGGUAUCGUUAGGAAGAAAACUAACAUUGAAGGUGGUUUCAAAAUAAGGUGCCCACAGGCACGCUGUGUAAGCAACGGAAUCCUGUUUCGAAAACCAAAAUACAUAAUGUACUGUGCACGCGUAUUCUGUUUUCUCAGUUAGUGCUCAAUGAGCUGAAUGUUCAACAGUUUUUAAAGAUUUUUAGCGAAUUUGUUGUUUCAAGCAAAACAGUUGUACUAAAAGGAAACGAUCCUUUGUUCUUUUAACAAUCAUUAAUAUAUAUGUAACAAAUGUACCAGAACCAUUUUGAUAAAUUCUGUUAGUUUUAAAGUUGUUUUUAACAAAAAGAUAUUCUCAGUUUUUCAGAUAUUUCGCUUUUCCCCACUGAUAAAGUAAUGGCAUUUAUCAAAUAGACGAGACUAUGAAUUUUAUCUGAACAACUAGAUCUUCUAAAAACUUGUAUGGGAAAUAAGUAUCAAACAUAUUUCAUAAAACCAAGUUAAAUUUGGUCUUGUAUGACUACAACUUUUGAUUGAAUUUAACAGAAAUUCUAACCCAAACAAGUUGGUUAUAGAACGACCCAAUUUUGGGUAGUUGCAGUUUUUACCCUUUCUUGGAUAAACUUAACACAGGCAAUUUUUCAGUGAAUCCUUCAAAAACCUCUUUGCCAAAAUUGAGGAAUUUGGAGG